GCCCGCGCCCCACAAUGCACCGCGCGGCUGACAUGGCGGCCGGGCCGGACUGAGCCGCUGGCGUCGGGGCCUCCAGCAGCCGGAGCCGGGCAUGGCGGGGGCGCAGCCCCGGUACCCGUAGGGCCGCAGCCAGCAGACAAUCAGCCACGAUCCUUGCACAGGGGAUUUAAAAUCAACUUCAAUUACUGGAGAAUUGCACUUCAAGAGGACUGAAGGUAGGAGAAGCAGGUCUUCACUAUAAUGGAAGAGGCCAAGAGCUCAAAGAAUGGAAAUCAUGACCCAAGGAAGUCCGUCCGUCUUGUCAGUGAGGAAGGCAAAGCAGUUAAAGUUACAAAUAAUCAAAAUUAUAAACAUAAUAGAAAUGACAAAUCUGUGAAAGAUAUUGGGAGAAGUUCUCCAAGUGGGAAUAGCAGCAAAAAAAGUAAACAAAAUGAUGUUUUUUCCGAAAAACAAGGAGAAAAUAAAUCAUGCAAAGUAAAUAGUUGUAUUCCUGGCACUAAAGACACUGGGUCAAAUGUUCAGGAGCGAAAUCAUGGAAAAGUAAAAAAAAAUUCUAAUUUAUCAUCAGCAGUGGAAAACCUGAAACAGACAAAAGCUCAACAAAUGGGAGAAAACUUUCCAGGCUCCCAUGUUUUGGGGAAUGGGGUCAGUAUGGAAACCUUAACAACUACUCAGAAAGGGAAACUGGCAUUGGAAAAUCCACUUGGAGUUCAUACGUUGAAGACUAAUGUUGAUCAGACUGGUGAUCCUGGUAAGACUGCUUCGGAUCAAAGAAAACUGGAACAUAAGCCUGAUGACUUCAGUAAAAUAAAGCAUUCUGAACCCACUAAAGAACAUACCUUGGAAGCUGAUUAUUUAGAAAACACUGUUGUUAUUGAUGAAGCUAAUCUGACAGCUGAACAGCAGCUAGGAUUGAAACAAGCCGAAGAGCGUCUGGAAAGAGAUUAUAUCUCCCGACUUGAAAAACGCUCCCCAGAAUAUACCAACUGUCAGUAUCUAUGCAAGCUCUGCUUAGUUCACAUUGAAAAUAUCCAGGGAGCUCACAAGCAUAUUAAAGAAAAACGUCAUAAGAAAAAUAUAAUGGAAAAACAAGAAGAAAAUGAGCUGCGUGCCCUCCCACCCCCCUCUUCUGCACAGUUGGCUGCCCUGAGUUUUACACUCAUUGAGGCAGCAAAUGAACAAGGCAUAUCAGAUGAUGACUUCAGAAUUCGUCAAGAAAUUGUAAACGAGAUGGAGAAAAUUAUUCAACAGCCCUUACCAGACUGUUCACUGAGGAUGUAUGGCUCCUGCUUAACUCGAUUUGCUUUUAAAACCAGUGAUAUUAACAUUGAUAUAAAAUUCCCCCCUAAGAUGAGUCAACCAGAUGUUCUGAUACAGGUUCUUGAAAUCUUGAAGAGCAGUGCUGUCUACUCGGACGUGGAGUCAGAUUUCCAUGCCAAAGUUCCUGUUGUCUUUUGCAAAGACAUUAAAAGUGGUUUGACAUGUAAAGUAAGUGCUAGAAAUGAUGUGGCUUGCCUUACAACUGACCUGCUGGCUGCACUUGGGAAACUGGAGCCUGUCCUCAUUCCUUUGGUUUUGGCUUUCCGCUACUGGGCUAAACUCUGCCACAUUGACUGUCAGGCUGAAGGUGGGAUUCCCUCAUACUCCUUUGCCUUAAUGGUGAUAUUUUUUCUUCAGCAAAGAAAACCACCUAUUUUACCCUCUUAUUUGGGCAAUUGGAUUGAAGGCUUUGAUUCAAAGAAGCCAGAUGACCACCAACUGAAAGGUAUAGAAGAAGAAGAGUUUGUACGGUGGGAGUACAAACCAUCAACAAAUGGUUCAGCAAAAAGCUCAGUUGGAGCAGAAGGUAAAACUAAAGUUGAACAGCAAAAAGGUGGCGGUAAGAAAGUAACAAGCUCAGAAGUGGACAACCAAAGUAAUGCGAAGGAGAAACACGGCAAUUCUCUCCUAGCAUUCAAAACCCCUCACCAAGUUUCACUGGGGCAACUGUGGUUAGAACUGUUGAAGUUUUACACACUGGAAUUUGCGUUGGAGGAAUAUGUCAUCAGCAUACGGGUACAAGAACUCCUAACCAGAGAGAACAAGAACUGGCCUAAAAGGCGAAUAGCCAUUGAAGAUCCCUUUGCACUAAAGAGGAAUGUUGCACGAAGUCUAAAUAGCCAGAUGGUAUUUGAGUACAUCCUGGAGCGAUUUAGGACAGCGUAUAAAUAUUUUGCAUGUCCACAAAGUAAAGAUGGGAUUAAAUCCAAGCCAGAUACUAGAAAGAAAGAGAAAGGGAAAAUUAAUAACAAGAAAUCUGCAAGAUCUGAAGAAUCUGUAACCAACUGUUGCCUUCCACAAGGGGAUAAAAUUGUAGAUAAACAAAAUAUAGGAAGUGGAUGUAACAUAACAGAGAAUGAACUUGAAUGUAAUGAAAUGGAAGAAUCUGCAGCCAAAAGAUACACUUUGAAGAACAGAGGCUCUUUGCUACUUUCAACUUUGGACGCUAGUAAUGAUGAAGACAAAGAAGAAGCAUUAUCCCUUAUUUCUAAUGAAUGCUGUGAAUUAAAGCAAAAAUCACUUAGAGAUGAUCUAGAAAUUUCGGAAGUUUGUCUAACUGAAGGUGAGCUGAGCCACCAUUGUAACUGCAGUGAGCAUCAGUCCUAUGACACAAAUUCUAGUAGUGAAUUUUCUGAUGCUGAAAGUAGACAGAAUUUGGUAACGGAGUCUUCUCAGAACAAGUGCACUGGCACACCAGCUACCUCGCACAACUGCAAAGCAAUGGUGGAAGCUCAUGAUCUCAAAGAUGAAGGCAGACUCUCUACAGAAGAAAUGCAUUAUGUGUUUGAUAAGUUUAUUUUGACUUCAGGAAAGCCUCCAACUAUAGUAUGCAGCAUCUGCAAACGGGAUGGACAUUCCAAAAAUGACUGCCCAGAGGAUUUUAAGAAAAUUGAUCUUAAACCACUACCACCAAUGACGGACCGAUUUCGGGAAAUACUUGAUAUAGUGUGUAAGAGAUGUUUUGAUGAGUUAUCUCCUCCUUUAUCUGAGCAACAAAACAGAGAACAAAUUCUGGCAAGUUUGGAAAGAUUUAUUCGUAAAGAGUAUAAUGAUAAAGCUAGACUUUGCUUGUUUGGCUCUUCAAAGAAUGGAUUUGGAUUUCGGGACAGUGAUCUGGAUAUCUGCAUGACGUUGGAGGGCCAUGAAAAUGCAGAGAAAUUGAACUGUAAAGAAAUAAUAGAAGGUUUGGCAAAAGUUCUUAAGAAGCAUCCAGGUCUGAGAAACAUCUUGCCUAUAACAACAGCCAAAGUGCCUAUAGUAAAAUUUGAGCACAGAAGAAGUGGCUUAGAAGGAGAUAUCAGUUUAUACAAUACACUGGCCCAGCAUAAUACAAGAAUGCUGGCUACAUAUGCAGCUAUUGAUCCUAGAGUGCAGUAUCUGGGUUAUACAAUGAAAGUUUUUGCAAAGCGCUGCGACAUUGGUGAUGCAUCCCGUGGUAGUCUGUCUUCAUAUGCCUAUAUUCUUAUGGUUUUGUACUUUCUACAACAGAGAAAUCCACCAGUUAUUCCAGUUCUUCAGGAGAUAUUUGAUGGGAAACAGAUUCCACAGAGAAUGGUAGAUGGAUGGAAUGCCUUUUUCUUUGAUGACAUGGAAGAACUGAAGAAGCGUCUGCCUUCUCUUGGAAAGAACACUGAAUCGCUUGGAGAACUCUGGCUGGGGUUGUUGCGAUUUUACACUGAAGAAUUUGACUUCAAGGAAUAUGUGAUCAGCAUCCGACAGAAGAAGCUGUUAACAACAUUUGAGAAACAGUGGACAUCAAAAUGUAUCGCUAUCGAAGAUCCUUUUGACUUGAAUCAUAAUCUUGGUGCUGGAGUCUCUAGGAAAAUGACCAAUUUCAUAAUGAAGGCAUUUAUCAAUGGGAGGAAAUUAUUUGGCACCCCAUUCUACCCAACUGUUGGAAGAGAAGCUGAAUACUUUUUUGACUCAAAAGUGCUGACUGAUGGGGAAUUGGCACCCAAUGACAGAUGUUGUCGUGUCUGUGGAAAAAUUGGUCACUACAUGAAAGACUGUCCAAAGAGGAGGAGGUUAAAGAAAAAAGAGAAUGAGAAAGAUGAUGAAAAAGAAGUGAAAGAAGAUGAUAGAGAAACAAGAGAGAAGAGAUGUUUCAUAUGUGGAGAUGUGGGUCAUGUUAGAAGAGAUUGUCCUGAAUUCAAACAAGCCCGUCAGAGAAAUAAUAGUGUGCCAAGCAGCCAGUUGGUCCGAAGCAUGGUGAAUUCACAGCUAGUGGCUGUAAGCCAGCAGCAAGUGGAAGGACCCUUGCGCACUAGACAGUCAUCCGAAUGUUCUGAUUCGCAGCAGUCAUCUUAUUCUCCACAACCUCAACAAUUUACACAGAAUUCCUCUCAGCCAGCCUCCAUUAACCAGACUCAGCCACAACCAAUAUCCCAGUCUAAGCACGUUCCGCAACCACAGCAGGGUGCACAGCCACCCCAUCAGGUCCAGCUGUCUUUGUUUAACUUUCCCCAAUCUCCCCCAGGUCAGUAUUCUACCUUGCAUAACCUGGGACUACUUCAGAUGCACCAUCACCACCAAAUUCAGCUUCCCAACACUUCGUGGCCUAUUCAUGGGCCUGUUAUUCACUCUGCACCGGGUAACCCUCCUCAUUCUACGAAUGUUCCAUUUUCUAUGAGAUCUGGCAGCAGCAGCACCACAAAUAACCAGAGCAGUGUAAGCUUGAAUGAUCCCAGUAUCAUCUUUGCACAGCCUGCUGCCAGGCCCAUGGGAAUCCCCAGCACUUCUCAUGAGGGACACUGGCACAAUCCUGUGACUCCAAACUCACUGGUGAACAAUGGCACUGUGGGGAAUUCAGAUCAGGGUUUCCAAGGACAGUUUGGUAAAAUGAACCCUCCUUCUGUCCCUUGGGACCAUGGGACCCCUACCCAUUUUCCUCUCAUCCGAGGAGCGUGGCCUUACAAUAUGCCUCAGAACUACAUGCAGCAGGGAAAUGCCAGCUAUCCACCGAACAAACCUUUCUACCCUCAAGCUUACAAGACUGUAGAAUAAUUGAAGUUGGAAGGAGCCUCUGGAGGUUAUGUAGUCCAGCUGCAAUCAAAGCAGUGCUGUCAUCAAAGUUGUAUCAGCUUCAGGACUGACUUUAUCUCAACUCUUCCUAAUGCUAGUGAGGUAAAGAUGUUCAGCAUCUUCCAGGAUUGGGAAAGACAGUAAGAAAAAUACCUUUGGCUCCAGUAAGAGAAAAACUGUGCCCAAAUUUUACUUGGAAGCUGUGAUUCCUGUGUUGCUGGGUCACAUUGUAUAAAAUGAGAGAUACUGGCACCAAAUCUUUUUCUCUGUUGGCUGUAGUGAGGUUUUCAAGUGAGACCCUCGUUUUAAUGUUGUAUCAUUAUUCUUGUUAAAGAGCUAAGACUGAAGUAAUAAAAUGAUGUAUUAAUGUUUCUGAGGGAAUUUUGGAGACAGCAUUGAAGUAAUACUGCAUUGUCCCAUUAAGUGGGAUAGCUGUACAGAUAGCAUUUGUGUCGAUCUAGUAAAUGACUUUAUUUCUAAGUAAGAUAAAUACAUUUAAUAUAGCCAAGCACUGUUAGAAAUGUUUAAAUCGCUGAAGUAAUUGUAAUCCAUUUUCUUUUAGCUGGUCCACUGAUGCAGAGUAACCAGCGGUUCUCGCUUCUGUCUCAAGGACACCCACACUUGAAUCUGAAUUACAUUCAACAGAAAAAGUGAAGUUUAAUGGGAUUGUGGGUGGGUGGAGGGAGGGGAGGAAAAAAUUCAGGUUCUGAUUUAAAAUCGUAAUGCAACAUGUUUAGAUACAAGAUUAUUUAAGACUGUUUUUAAACUGUAUCAUUUGUACAUAGAUACGAACUAUAGUUUUUACUAGUAUCACAAAACGAAGUGAUACAAAUUUCAUCUAUUUUAUUACCCUAUUUUUAAGGGGAAUUGUGUUUUGUUUUAUCUUGAUAAACUGUAAAGAGAGAGAAUUUUUAAAAUUAAGUUCUUUAUUUUCUAUUAGCUGUAUUCAUACUUCGGUUGCUUCAGACUUUAUAUAUAUUGUUCUAAAAAAUAAAAUUAGAAAGGGAUUUCAUGUGUUUAAAAAUUUGUCACUUCUAUUCUUUACAAAACUAUGUAGUGCCAAAAAACUUUUUAAAAGAAAAAUAAAACUGCAAAAAAAGGAUAAGACUUCUUCCUCUUCCCUGUUUGUAUAUUUGAUUAGUAAACUACAAUUACAAAAACAACUUUGAGCUAUUUUAAAGGAGAAAGUUGACUUGCUUUAAUGAGCCAUGUUGUUCACAGGCGAUAUCUUGUAAAAUACUUGAUCUAAGUGUACAGUUUAUUUUCUGUUUAAAACCUUUCUAAAUGAGUAUGAAAACCUAGAAAAACGAGGCUGUACUUUGAGAUAGUUCUAAAGAAGUUAGUUGGGCAUAUUACCUUCUGUGCUGUUAACACCCACUGGGCAGUAUGAAGAUAUUUUGGCAGCGUUCAGAUUUUAUGUCUCGACACUUACAAAAUUGUCAGCCUGUGCUCCUGAAGCAAGGCUGUGAAUAAAGGAGUAGUAGAAAAUGAGUUUAAUACAACUACAUUCCUGUGAUAUUAUAUUAACUUAAUUAUAUUAAAUGUACUAAGGUAAGAAUUGUGA